UUCCUUCCCAUUGACUCUUCAGAAUCAUUCACUCUUUAAUUUUUUUCUCUAUAUUUAUUAAUUAAGUUCCUUAUAUAACUCUCACAUUUGGUUUUGACUUUAUAAUAAAAACAGAGCCAUCAUCCAGAUCAAAAUUUUCUCACAUGGAUAAAAGAAACAAGAUCAAACCUAUUGAGACAAAGUAUCCAAAAGUGAAAGUGAGAAGUGAGGAUGAUGAUUUCUGUUCACAUAAGGAGAAGAAUUGCUUAAUGUUGCUGAAAGUUUUUGAAACUCUCUCAUUACAAGUUCAAGCUUCACCUGGAAAAGAACUAGAAAACGAUAUUCCCCCAUCAGUUGCAAGGGUUCCGAAGUUAUACAGCCCAGUCUUAGCAGUACCAUCAACUUCUUCUGCUAAAGCAGGGGCACAGAAGCAUGAGAAACAAAUAGAGGAAGAUACCAAAAGCAACAAUGGAGCAAGUUCGGUUCUACGGCCUCGUGCUGUCUUAUCUAGUCCAUAUAAUGAUGGCAUGAUCGGACAUAUCAACCGGUUAUCCAGAGUAGAGCUGGCAAACGGGCGGGCCGGGGCUGGCUUGUUACGGGUUACACGGGUUCGGGUUAACACGGAUCAAAACCCGCGGGUUGAUAUUCUUCACGGGUGGUCAUUUCUUCAACCCGCACCCGUAACGGGUUAAACCUGCGGGUUUACGGGUUAACCCGUUUAUGGUCUAUCUUAAACUGUAAACUGUUAUUGACAAAUUUAUGUGCUGCCUCCCCAAGAUGUCGACCAGAACCCCUUCCAUUUCCGUGGUGGUUGUUUUUCCUGACAUUUUCCCAUGGUUUCCUUCCAUUAUCUUCAUGCCAUAAAGUAGGUGGUGGCUUCAAAUCUUCUACUUCGACCAUCCUCUUUGAGAAGAUAACACCAGCUGAAGGUCGAGCGACAUGAGUAUGUGCAUCAGGAAGUCUGUAAAUAGCACAGAUGACUUGAUUAUUCAUAAUAUCGUCCAUUCCGGGAACAGGCGAUUGAAAGACCGGUGGGCAACGAUCUCCAUUACAAAGAGAUAUAUAUCCAUUCAUCCCGCCACUGGCCUUGGGGUCAAUUUUUUCUUUCACUUCAGCCCCUUUUUUGUUAGACAACUGAUCAGCGAGGCAAAAUAUGUAUGGAGAGAGCGAGUUAGAUGUCGAGAUGAACAACAUAUUUUCCAUGAAGCUGUUUCUUUUUGCUUCCUCUGUCAAAGUAUGUUCCACUUUUUUUAUCUCAGCAAGAAGACGACUUUUAUCAAUGAA